AUGCCACCCCGUAUAAAACCCGCGCUUGUCCGACAGCUCCGAUAUUCUCCAGCCAGUCCGCGUCCCGUUCGAUGCAUAAUAAUAUCUCCAAGCCGGAGCUUCUCGGUCACGAAAGCCUCGGCCUCGGCUUCUUACUCAUCCCCGAAUUCUACCUCCGCCGAUUCCACGUUUACAACAGUUUCGCCUGAUGAGGUCUCUCACUUCAACGCCCUCGCAUCCUCGUGGUGGGAUCCUCAGGGACCGUCCCGCAUCCUCCACUUGAUGAACCCGCUGCGCCAUGACUUCAUUCGCUCAUGUCGCUCUUCGGCCCUCGAUGAUCCACCCCCACCUUCGAAUAACCUGAAAUACUUAGAUAUAGGCUGUGGAGGUGGUAUAUUCGCCGAGUCUGCUGCCCGAUUACCCACGACCGCGUCCGUGACGGCCAUAGACCCCAGCCCCGAGGUGUUAUCUAUUGCUAAAGCACAUGCUAAGCGGGAUCCUGCCUUGCAAUCUAAGUUAACUUAUAUAAAUACGCCUAUCGAAAAGCUGCCGGUUCCAAGUACGCCUCAGGACGGCUAUGAUAUCGUGUCUAUCUUCGAAGUUAUAGAACAUGUGUCGAACCCAGCCGAGUUCCUUGAUCGGUGUGCUCCCUUCGUCAAGCCGGGAGGUUGGUUGGUUCUCAGCACUAUCGCAAGGACAUGGCUUAGUUGGGUGACGACCAAUCUCGUGGCGGAAGACUUGCUUCGUAUAGUACCGAAAGGCACUCACGACUGGCAAAAGUACAUCAACGAAGAAGAACUAAAAACCCACUUUCUCCAGAACAGGACAGAAUGGACUGAGCCUAGAUGUAUGGGCGUAGUUUACGUUCCUGGUCUUGGCUGGAAGGAGGUGACUGGUAGUGAGAAGAUUGGCAACUACUUCUUCGCCGUGAGAAAGGUCACUAAGGUGGUAUAA